AUGCUGGCUACCGGUGGCUCAGCGCUGAUGGCUAUCGAGGUCUUGAAGAAGGCAGGGGUGAAGGAGGAGAACAUCCUUUUCAUCAACGUCGUCUCCUGCCCCGAGGGCCUCAAAGCCUUGGCAGAUAAGGCUCCCCUGGUGCGCAUCCUCACCUGCGGCCUCGACACGCAUCUGAACCAGGCCAAAUUCAUCGUGCCUGGUCUCGGAGACUUCGGCGACCGAUACUACGGCACCUUUGGUUAUGCAGAAGGCUUGUGGGGUGCCGGACGAUCGCGGAUUUGA